UCAAACUGCAUGGUCUACAAGCUGGGCUUCCAGAUUACAUCUGGGGCAGGUGACCCAGAUCCCCCCUGUUACUCCCUUCAGUACUCAGCAGACUAGCCCUCCUUCUUCUUACCUGAAACUUAAGAGAGGUGUUCCGAUGGAGAAGAACUGAGGAAAAAGGCAAGGCAUUUCACAUUCCACUGAGAGCCAAAUCCACACGUAAGGUGCUUCCAAAGUCAGUAAGACUCCUCACUAACAGCACGUCUGCAUCUUUUGCCUGCAAACUGCUACUCAUGCAUGGCUCCAGAACUGUAGUUCCAAAAGAGUUCUGCUGUUCCGUCACCUGUACAGGAGUCACAGACUCCACUUUCAGAGGUUAGAGAUGCGCCUAAAGAACGCGACAUGCUUGUGAAAUGGACGAGGACAAACCUACAGAAUCCUCCCAUCCUGGGUCAAUUCCUGGAAUGAAAUGAUUUUCUCUAAGUCUGUCAUAUGAAUUGUUCAAUGUACACAGUGACUGUUUUCUGUGGAAAACACCCAUGAUCCCUUAAUUACAGUAAGAAUAUUUUCCAUAUUUAAGUAGGGGAAGAUUGAUUAAGGAAAAGGUGGUUUUAUCCUUGUAGUAAUGGGUUUCAGAUGCUUUCAGUACAACUUUGUCUUCUGAUAUUUUAUUUGGAAUGAAAAUAUUUUCUUCUGAAUUACAAGCUCCAUAGUUUCUAGUUAUAAAAUACAGAGAAUUGAGACUGUAAAGAUUUCAUGUACUGUUCAUGGCUUAUAUUAUAAUAUCUUUCAAUAAGUUGCCUUAUUGAAAGUACUUUUAGUUAAGUAUUAAUAAAUACAUAAGUAUGAUGUGAAAGUCAUAUUUAGUUUAUAAUAUACACCAUUUUACUAUAGGCUGGGGUUAAUGUCUCUUAGUAUAGGGUACACCAUAUGUCAGUACUUGUGUUUCAGUUUUCCCUAUUAUACAAGACAAAUAGUGUUUCUAUUGGCUUCCUAAUAUAAAGCCAAUUUAGAGUUACUUACAUACAAUUCCUCAAGGAGAAAUACUAGAGAAAAUUAUACUACCAUCAAUUUAUUUAUAUCUCAAUAAUAUACUUAAAUAUUGAAUCAUUAUUGAUGAUUGCUUAUGCAAUCAAUCUUUCUGCAUAAAUGUAAACUUGUACAAACAGAAUGAUAAAUAGUACUACCGGUCUGAUAAAUUGACAAAGCUAAUAAAACAAUAAGUGUAUGUAUGUGCUAUUUGAGGAACACAGUGAAGUAAAAUCGUUAGAAUAAUGUCUGAUUAAUGUAGCUGCUUAAAUACAAGUCCAGACAGGUUCAACUUUGCACACACACACACAAAUAAAGUUUGAAUUUGGAAAAAUCAAUAGUCUGUGUCCCCUAAGUGAUAAUUACAUUGGGAAUUAGAUGAAUACUUUUGCCUUUCAUGGAGUUAUGAAUGCAGCAAUUACUCACAAGUCUCUUUAGAUGAGAAAUUCAUGUUUUGUAGUAGCCUUAAUAAUUACACAACUAACUCUCUGAGAGAUGUUCAUAAUUUUUAGUGUGAGCUGAUAUUAAUAUAAAGAAUGUUAAAUUACAGUAGACAAUAAAACUUGUAGUUCAUGCUUCAUAUUUCCAUACAUGAAUCACUGGAUCAGAGAAAUAAUCUGGCAUUGGGAGCUGACGCAAUGGUCACCAGAGAUUUGACAAUGGGGAUGAUAUACCUAGCACAAACCACCACUGGAAUCCUGGGGAAUUUCUCUCUUCUUUCCCAUUAUCUCUAUCUCUAUUUCACAGGAUGCAAGUUUAGGUCCACAGAUUUGGUCAUCAAACACCUGACUGUAGCCAACUGCUUAGUCAUUCUUUCGAAAGGAGUUCCCCAAACCAUGGCAGCUUUGGGGAUGAAGCAUUUCCUCAGUGACAUUGGGUGCAAGCUUGUGUUCUAUGUGCACAGAGUGAGCAGGGAUGUGUCCACUUGCACCACCUGCCUCUUGAGUAUCUCCCAGGCCAUCACCAUCAGUCCCAGGAAAAUUAGAUGGGCAGAGCUUAAAGCAAAAGCUCCCAAGUACAUUGGGUCCUGCAAUAUCCUCUGCUGGAUGUUGAACCUGAUACUAAAUGUCAUGGUGCCUGUCUAUGUGACUGGCAAUGGGAGUGACAAAAACAUCACAAAGAAAACUGAUUAUGGCUACUGUCAUUCUGUGAGUCAUGGCAAAUUCACAGAUUCCCUGUAUGUAGCACUGGUGUUACUCCGAGAUGUUUUCUUCAUGGGCCUCAUGCUGCGGGCCAGUGGCUUCAUGGUUUUCACCCUGUACAGGCACAGGCAGCAGGUCCAAUACAUCCAUGGGACCAAUAUCACCUCCAGGUCCUCCCCAGAGUCCAGAGCCACCCACAGCAUCCUCGUCCUGGUGAGCACCUUUGUGUCUUUGUGCACUCUCUCCUCCAUCUUUCACAUUUGCUUGGCUGUUUUAAACAAUCCCAGUUUGUGGCUGGUGAAUACCUCUGCACUAAUUGCUGGGAGUUUCCCAACUGUGAGCCCCUACAUUCUCAUGAGACAUGACUCCAGGGUGCCCAGCCUCUCUUGUGACCAUUUAAGGAAUACCAAAUCCCUUAUUUAACAAUACUGUGUAAACUACAUGCAUAUUUAAAAUGGGUUUUUCUCUAUAUUUUUCAAGUUAGAUGUUUUUACUUGAGAAGUAAAGUGAUAGUAAUAGAGCUCAGUACCCAUUUAUUCACUCCUAAAAUCUCUUAAUAGCCCCAGAUCAGAGCCUAAAGCUGUGAACCAGAAGCUCAAUUGAGGUGCCCCAUGUCAGAGGCAUGAACCCAAUUACCUGAGCCACCACAACUGCCUCCCAGGUCUGUAUUAGCAGGAAUCUUGGGUUGGGAGCAGAGCUGGGUAUUGAACCUUCAUAGCUCUCAUACUGGAACUGGCAUUCCUCUCUGGAAUCGACAAUGCUAAAUUCUUUGUUCAUUGAUUUCUCUGGAAGUGGAGGCGCUUUUGUGAAACAGUCACAGUACAAGGAUGUGGUAAACAGGACAGUCUGAAUUUCUGCCAUCGAUCAGAAAUAAACUGAUCAGCAAUUGUAAAUGAUUUUCUAGGUGGUUGUCACAUUAAUUCCUGU